GGAAGGAAGGCAGGAGCCCCUGUCUCAGGAGGGGGGACCCUUGAGGAAAGGCCUCACCACCCAAGGAUGGGAAAGUGGAGUCAGAAGCUGAGAUAUACCUGGGCAAAAUUCAUCCCUGAUGUAACCCUAACAACUUCAACAGUAUUACACCAGGGAUGUAUUGGGCUCUCUAAGUUUAAUGGAGCUGAAUAAAGUUACUUUUGGUAAAGAGGCUUCUUCCAUGGCAUGAAUCCUCACUUGCUUCCAGGAGCCAAAGCUUAAAGAAGAAAAAGCCUGAGGGUCAGGACACUUAAAAGAGUAAAGAAGUGAUUUAAGUUCCUGUGAGGAACAGACUUAUCUACUUACAUUAUACAGUGCUGUUUUAGAAAACUAGCCUCUAACCAAGAAUAAAAAUUGUUGUCAGAAUAAUAUGCGAACAGAUCAUGAAGAACUCUGUGGCACCAGUUAUGGACCUUUUUGCCUAAAUGGCGGGAUUUGUUAUAUGAUCCCUACUGUAUCCAGUCCAUUUUGCAGGUGUAUUGAGAACUAUACAGGAGCCCGUUGUGAAGAAGUUUUGCUACCUAGUCUCAAGACCCAAAUUAAAAGUGAACGGUUUGCAGCUUUCUUGGCUUCAGUGGUUGUUCUAGGAAUUCUUGUAAUUGGAGCAUUCUACUUCCUUUGCAGGAAGGCCCACAUUCGAAGGGCCAGCUCAACAGAGCGUGGUGCCAGCCUGGUUGAGACUACCAGCAGCAAUGGCUGCAACAAGAUAACAGAAUAAAGCAAUAAAACAAGAACCAUGGGAGAGCAACAUGCAGAGGAACCAUAACAUAACAAGUGCUGUGGAGGGUCUGGUAAC